UCCUGAGAGGCCAACUGGACCUGGCCUGGAGUUAGGGUUGGAGGACAGGAGUGGAGGCUACUUCCUCCAGUGGUGGCAGCCAGAAGUUGGAGGAAAGGAGGGGGAUCCACCCCUUCUCACCUCAGAGUGACAGCCAUUUCACCUCAGGAGGCUUACUUCUCCAAGGUUGGCCUACUUCCUGCCAACUGUGUGUGGAAGCCAGAGUGAUUCACCACCCCACCUAUUUAAGCCUCCCCCUUGCAUCUGGCCCAGAGAACAGCCCAUCUUCACCACCCGGGCGCAUGUCUUCCAGAUUGAUCCCAGCACCAAGAAGAACUGGGUGCCUGCGAGCAAGCAGGCAGUCACCGUUUCCUACUUCUAUGAUGUCACAAGGAACAGCUACCGGAUCAUCAGUGUGGACGGAGCCAAGGUGAUCAUAAACAGCACAAUCACACCGAAUAUGACCUUCACCAAAACGUCACAGAAGUUUGGGCAGUGGGCUGACAGCAGAGCCAACACAGUGUUUGGUCUGGGCUUUUCCUCUGAGCAGCAGCUGACAAAGUUUGCAGAGAAAUUUCAGGAGGUAAAAGAAGCUGCCAAACUUGCCAGAGAAAAGUCCCAGGAGAAAAUUGAGACUUCAAGUAAUCAUUCCCAAGAAUCUGGGUGUGAAACCCCAUCUUCUACUCAGGCAUCCAGUGUCAAUGGGACGGACGAUGAAAAGGCCUCUCAUGCAGGUCCAGCUGACACGCACCUCAAGUCCGAGAACGACAAGCUGAAGAUUGCUCUGACGCAGAGUGCUGCCAAUGUGAAGAAAUGGGAAAUCGAGCUGCAGACCCUGCGGGAGAGCAAUGCCAGGCUGACCACAGCGCUACAGGAGUCGGCAGCCAGCGUGGAACAGUGGAAGAAGCAGUUCUCCAUCUGCAGGGAUGAGAAUGACAGGCUCCGCCACAAGAUUGACGAGCUAGAAGAACAGUGCAGUGAGAUAAACAGGGAGAAGGAGAAGAAUUCACAGCUGAAAAGGAGAAUUGAAGAGCUAGAGUCAGAACUCCGAGAGAAGGAGACGGAGUUGACAGAUCUCCGAAAACAAAGUGAAAUCAUACCUCAGCUCAUGUCAGAGUGUGAAUAUGUCUCUGAGAAGUUAGAGGCAGCCGAGAGAGACAAUCAGAACUUGGAAGACAAAGUGCAGUCUCUAAAGACAGACAUUGAGGAGAGUAAAUACCGACAGCGCCACCUGAAGGUGGAGCUGAAGAGCUUCCUGGAAGUGCUGGAUGGAAAGAUCGAUGACCUCCAUGACUUCCGCCGAGGCCUGUCCAAGCUGGGCACGGACAACUAGGGCAGCAGAGACCAGCCUGCUGUGAGUCCCAUGUGUGUGCGAGUCGAAAUAGGACUAGAGCGCGGCCCUCUUUGCAUUGCUUCUGUAAAUGCUGGUGCGGUGUGUCGUGUUUCCAGACCAGGUGUGCCGUCCACUCAUUCCUCUCCAGGAUAGAAAUCUCCUCUCGCUUCUCUGGCCUUUGAGGUUGUGGACAACUGGAAGAUUCUGACUCAGGAAUCCAGAACUAGGUCUACCUUAAACGUUUACGCAGUCAGGGCAGGGAUGUUUAUACCUUUCUUAAGGGCUGUUGCAACCCUCUAAUGGAAAAACAAACAUCUUUUCUAACCCAAAUAUCCUUUAAUGACAGGCUGUUUUGCUCCUUUUAUUGAAUAGCACUCAGAGUAUGUAAUUGACGACCAGGUUCCAGUCCUUGGGGGCAUGGAGGGUGCAACUUCUCUCUCAGUCAGCAUUGAGAUGCUUUAAAGCAAGCAUGUAGUGAAAACCUGUCCAGAGAAAGAAAGCACAUUUCUGGUGGGUGUGCCUUUUGGCAUGGGAGAUGCUUGCAUCCGCCACACUCCACUCUCCUUUGUUAUGUUGGGUUGCGACAAUGCUCCUUUUUGAAUGUCUGAGCAGAUGCUCAUGUUAUGGGAAUAAAGUGCAGUGAGGAUGCCUAGUUCAGUGCCUGGCACAAAGUAGGUGCUCAAUAAAUAUUUGUUGAAUUAAAUGUCUAAACAAAACUUAGUGUUUUAAACCCCACAGCAGAGUUCAAACCCUGUUGAAUGAUACACUCUUUGUUGUGCUGGGUAGUUAUCAGAAGAAAGGCACCUAGCUGCCCAAAUCCACGGGUGGCUCAGGUGUAGCAGACAAGUCAGAGGGUGGUCUGAGGCCCCACAAGAUCCUGUGAAGGGUUUGGAGAGCCAAGAAAGAAAUUAUACGGGCCCGUGAGGGUGAGGAGAACCUCAAUAACAGAGAAGCUCUGCCCAGGUCUGCCUCUUGCCUUAGCAGGAACUGACUAGAACCAUAAACCUGUCCUUUCAUACAGAGCCGCUCAUGGGCCAGUGGGCCUUUGGGUGCCACAGCAUUCACUGGGAGACAUCACCUGUCACAGCUGGAGGUUUGAGUCCCUGGCCUCACACAUUUCUAAAUGCCCUGAGCACAGGGGGGCUCUGCUGCCCUCUUACCUCUCUGAGAACCACCUAAGAGAACUUUUCCCUUGAGAAACAGUUUCUCAUGGGGUUAGAAAUUCUUCCUGCUGAAACUAGAUCAUUGAGAAAACAGCCUGCGGAGGAGACUGUCCAGACCCCAAGGUGAGUGUCUGAGUCCUCAGCUCUCUUUCCCCAGCCGAGUCUUCUUUGAGCAGGGAGGUCUUGCUUGGGAUAGAAAAGGAGGGCAGGCUGGUGAUCUGGAGCACCAGGGUACUUUAGGGGAGACCCUGCAGGCUGCAUGGGGCCUUGAGUACACAGGACUCUUAGACAGGAAAUGGGAAGUGUGGUCAACCCUGCUAUUAUUCAGACCAGGGGGCUGCCUGCCCUGCCCUUUCCCCUGAGCUCCAGGUUGCUCUCAGGAGAGUAGUCCCAGCUCCCUACUGGCAGUUCCUGGAGACCUGAGAGCUGGACCGGCCACAAGUUGUUCCUAUGGUCUAGAAGCAGAGUAAAGGGGAUUCUUCUCAGCUUGGCCUGAGCCUGUCACUGCCCUGGAGCAGUGGACACUGGGAUCAAAACACCCUCAGCUUGGGCCUUCAGAUGACCCAAGUUCUGCCUACAGCAGACUUGCUAAUCUAAAGAAACCCUCUUGGCUGACUAGAGUGUGCUCAGGUGACAUACUCAUAGGAGGAUAAUUGCUAAAGCCAUUUGUACAUUCUCAUAGCAGUGACUUUAGAAAAUGCUGGACGUAGAAGUGUAGAGUGCUGCAAGUCGUUACCAUGGUGUACUUCUGGGGCCUGAGACCCAGGAUCCUGUUCACCACUGAAGAGUGUGCCAAGCAGCUUGUAGCCAGUGGUGAGGGCCUUAGAUUCCUCAUACUGCUGGGGCUGUCUAGCCUCAGACUCUUACAGCCCAGGAGCUGAGGCAGGGGGCCUUUUAAAGGGAGGAUUGGAUCCCUCAGUGAAAGCACAAAACUUGACAGAAGCAUUGAACUUUCCAGGCCUUCUGCUUUCAUUUAAAGACUAUAAUGUUUCUUCAUUUAGCUUCUUUUAAACUGAGAAUGGCCCAGGAACAACCAGAAUAGUCAGCCACGGGACUAGUCUGGCCAACAGCCUCUGGCACCAUGGAGGGGAAACUCUGCGAUGACAGUGGCUCAUUGCAUCUGUCCCAGGUUUCUUGUAACAUGGCCUUGUGGGUCCUGAUGACCACUGCAGUCUCAGGACUUACGUGUGGCCUUAUGCCAUGUGCAGGCCGGGUGUCCCCCUUUCCCUCAUAGCCAUAGCAGCCACAUUGGGCUGCCUGGAAGAUGUUGAGCCAGGAGUAUAUUGUCAGCUUCCGGAUGAGGCCUCCUUGAUUUUACACCCAUCACCAAGAUUGGCUGUAUGUACCUGGAUUAGCUUUUGUUCUCCAUCUAUGAAACCUGGGGCCUAAAAGAGGCCAAGUAAAACUCAGACCCCUUAACCAUGGUGAUCUUUAAAGAUAACUUUAUUCCAAGAUGAGACUCAGCUGGAUGCAUUUCUCAUUCUCAGGUGGGAAGGAGAGAGGAUGUCUUCCAGAUGCCCUGGGGAUGUAAAACUGCUUAGGGUGACAGGUUGGGAGAGAGUGGUCAGACCUUGGGUGAAAGAACCCAGAGUCCACGUGGGCCGUCUGACUGGCAUGCUUCAUCAGCCCCACACAUCAUCACUUGAGACCUUCAUAGAGGGAGAGAACUUGGCAGAAAUCAUUACCUGCAUUCUGCAGAUAGGAAGCAGAGACAGAGAAAGUGACAUGCCCAAGUACCUGGCGUGACCAACAGUGUGGGCUCUGCAUCCUGUCUCCUGGACCUCGGCCUGGUAUUUUUCUAUGAGCAUAUCCCUGUUCUCUCUUCAGCAGUCCCUGGGUACCAGGAGAAAAAAACAUCCUCUUGAAUCUAAUAAGAGCACAUUGCAAUUAUAUUAUUUUAAUGUGUAUCCACAACAAAGGACAGCUUACAAAGGAGCAAAUCAGAAUUAUGUUUAUGUUCAUUACAAACAAUAAGUUCCAUCUGGACUGAUUCUUGAUUUUUAGGGACCUGUCCAAGAAAGUGUUGGUGACUGAUGUCCAGGCUUGAGAGGCCAGUUCGGUGGCACACAGGCUCACUUUGAGUUCUUUGUUGAUAGCUUUAAUGGAAACAGAGUAAUCAGAUUAGAACAGGUGAUCAGCCCUGGGACUAUAUAAGCAACCUCUGCAGGGGAAGGAGGCAGUGCUAGACAGGGAGCAGGCUUGCAGGGUCUUAGAGCAGGUCGUAUGUGCCCAGAAAGACUGUCCACAAGGGCAGCUGGUCUCCAGCCUGCAGGUUCCUCAAGCGCAGCCAUCACAAAAGGAGUUGGGAAGUGCCUGGCUGGCACAUUGUGUUUGUCACGAUACGUCAGAUAAAGGGUGUUGGGUGAAACAGUAUUCUGCCCUGAUGCAUCCCUAUCUGCCUGUUUUAAAGGGAUUCAUCUUCUACAGACAAGUCUGUAGAAACCAGGGAGACUGUGGAUGAGAGCCACCCACAGGGCCAUCUUGUCCUUGAAAACAGGGCAGCCAUGGUGUGACUUACUGUAAGCACUCAAAAGAGACUGCCAGGGCCGGGGAUUUAGCUCAGUGGUUUUGCUGCCUGCUGUGCAAGUGGAAGGACCCGAGUUCGAUCCCUGGUACCAAAAAAAAAAGACACUGCCCUUUGCUAAUAACUGAAAGUGGGUUGGUGCACCAUUCACCCUUCUAGAAGUUAUACUUCACUUACUCACUUGAAACAUCACUGGAUUUGGAAACACUUGAAAUAUAAACUAGAAGCUUGAAAAAUUAAUGUCCAUAUAUAGUUUUUAAUGACAUGCAUGGUUUAAAUGGACCCUAAUUUCUGAGUACUUGGCUUCCCUCAAAAACCACUAUAUAGGGGCCUGGGAUUUAGCUCAGUGGUUCUGGCGCCAGCCUCGCAAGCGCAAGGUCCCAAGUUCGAUCCCCGGUACCAAAAAAAACCAACCCACUAUAUAUUCUGGGGAUGGUGGAUGAUGGCAUGAAGAGGGAAUCCUGUGUAGAAAUUUAUGUUUUUUUAUGUCUUUUCCAUGCACCUAUCUCAAGAAUAGAGUUCUUCUUUAAACACGGCCUGGCAAGGUGACUGUGCUACAAAUUCUCAGCUGGCUGAAAUGUUCUGGUGAACUUAGGUCUCUGUGCGUAUGUGUGCGUGUGCUCAUGUGGGUGUGUGUGCUGGGGGAGGAAGGCGCAAAGGGCAGCAACAGAAGCAAUAAGGAAGUUUUCAGUGUAAAAAUGUAUACCUGAGAGGAGUCUUUCUUUGAAUCAUUUUGGGGUUGGUGUUCUGUGUUCUGGAAUCCAUGCAUGAAAAGUGUAUGGGUCUUUGCUGAGUGGAGUUGUACAGUGCCCGGCUAUCUUUCACAGUGCAGAACUGGCUGUAGGGAGCUCUCUGGCACCCCUGGCGUGAGCACAGACAAACCACAGUCCAAAUUCUUUACAUGUUGGCAGGCGAUUGGCAGGAUGGAUGCUAUGCAGCCGUGGAGAAUGUAUUGUGUUCCUGUCUUUUCCCUCUUGUACUACUUUGAAAAGAAAGUCCUUUCAAUCAGUUGUUAUAGCAGUGUCUUAUUAGAUAUGACAGGAAAGAAAACAUUUCUUACAUUAAAUGUAAGAAUAUAAUGAUGAGUACAGGGUAGAUAAGUGGACUCUCCCAAGAAUAACAUUUUUUUCCUUCAAAUGCUUUUUUUGAGAUAUGAAUAAGAUAUACAUUUUUUAAGAAACUAAAGAUAAGUGAAAAGAAAAAAAUCACCUAUUAUUACCCAUCUGAUGGUAACCACUGUUAACAUUUGGUGUAUGUUCAGACUUUUUCCUAUGCAUCUAUAUGUGCUUCAUUACUUUUUCCAUGAAAUAUAAUCAGAUUAUACAUACUAUUCUAUAACUUGCUUUUCCCCCUUUUGACACUAUAUUGUGAAUAUAUUUCUAUAUCAAUAUGUAAUUAUAUCCUUUUUAAUAUCUGUGUAGGUUGGAUCUUGGAUACGUAGGCUGUUUUCAAUUUUUUAGUGUUGGAGUCAAAGAUAUGAUGAAACUCUUCUGACAUCUUUUUAAACUUUUCAGAAUAUUUACUUAGGAUAAUUUUCUAAGAGGUAACUUGCUGGCUCAAUCAUGUGCUUGUUUCUAUCUAUGGCCCCAUUCCUUCUUGGGCACAUAGGAGACUCUACCCUUUGAUGUCCCUGUAGUCAUUCAGGUUCUUGUGACUACUUCCAGCCAAUGAAAUGUGGGCAGAGACUAAAAUGUCCAUGCGCAGAGCCCCAGUGUCUGUACCCUGCACUCAGCAAUGUGAUUUCCUGGAGCCUCCAUCAGCCUGGGCCCCUAAGUGAGGGACUCUGUGGAGCAGAUGCUCCCUUCUCUUCUCCCCCACCACCAACCUGCAUGGACCUGUAGUGAUAAUAAAGAGUAUAAACCUUAAUGGUACACCACUGGGACUUCAGGGUUAAUUUGUUACUGCAGCAUAACACCCUUUUCUGACUAAUGAUAAAAAGGUAGGCACAUUUUUAGGAAUUUUAUUAUACAGGGUAUGAUCACACAAUACUAAUACUGUAAAUGUUUACAGUAGAAGACACAUUACCAUUAAACACCCUCAAAAUAUUCCCCUUCACUUUAAAUACACUUACCCAAUCAUUCUUGCUGCUUUCUGAAGCAGUUCUGAAGUCCUCUUUCAUGAGUGUCUUUAGUUGCACUGUCAUGGCUGCCUCAAUAUUCUGAACUGAUUCAAAAUGUUUACCUUUCAUGCUCAUUUUGACUUUAGGGAAGAGCCACAGACUCACAGUACCAGAUCCAGUGAGUAAGGUGUAUGAAGACACACUAUAAUGUUUUUUACGAGCCUACCUUUCCGUUGAAUAGCAUUCAGCAGUAGCAGUCACCAUAUUUUUUGUCACACCUAGUAAAGACACUCAUGAAAGAGGACUUCCAGAACUGCUUCAGAAAGGAGAAAGAACAAUGAGAUAAGUGUGUUUGAAGUGUGGUAUGUGUUUUAAGGAGGCUUUUUAAAUUUUUAAUUGUAUUCGUACGUUUGCAGUUCAUGCAGUUUGAGGAGGCUUAAUGGCAACGUGCCUUUUUCUAUAAUAAUGUUUUACUUGAACAUUCACUGUAUAUUGUGAUCAUCCCUCAUGUAUUGCCUCAAAUUGCCUUUCAGAAAGAUGUCUCCCAAAUAUGUGCCCACCCCUAGCAGUGUGUGAGAAUGUCCAACUCCUUCUUUAACACUGUUACUAAGGUCUAGAGGUAUAAAAAAAUUAAAUUUUUGAUUAAAAUAGUGACCAUCAUUAGAAAAAUGUAUUUAUUGAAUUAUAUAUUUUUGUAGUUUACCUAUAUUCAUGUAGUCUGGCCAGUUUUCUUAGGAGUCUAGAGUCUUCAUUGAUUUCUAAGAGGCUUUUAAAAAUAAAUAUUGUAAAAAAUUUUAAGUUGUAUUAUAGCUUUUAAAAAAAUAAACAGUCAAAUCUUUUUCUUUCAGUUAUCUUUGCUGUCAUUCUUAUGAAAAGUCUUUUCAUUUCUAAUUCCAAGAUUGUAAAUAUUCAUCAAUAUUUUAUUCUUGUCCAUUUAUUUUUCUUUUUUAAACAGUUAAAUCUGAUUGAUUGGAAUUUAUUUUCUAAAUUGCCCCAGCACUAUUGAUCAGGAUAUCUAUCCCUUCCCGACCACUUUCCCUACUCCUGUAUGGCUUCAGUCCAUGGGCAUCUUGGAUGCACACAUGCUCCCCAGUGCCUCUGAGCUUUACCCUGAGCCACCAUCUGCCUGGACAGUCCAGCACUGGGAGCACCUGCUUGAUCAUCAUAAUGCUAGACCAAGUGUCCCAUUAAACCUUGUCAGAAAUGUACAAGUACAUUUGCAUAUUAAUAUAUCUGAAAGAAAUUUAGGGUCAUUUUGUAAUGUUUAGAAGAAUUGGAAAUUAGCUUAUGUAAAAUGGAUAUAGUACUACAGAAUUAUAAUAUGUUCUCUUUCAGUUCAAUAAAUUUAUAAUGUUUAGUUUUAUGUCCUUUGGUCUAUCUUUUCUAAUAAUGGCAAUUUUUAUUGUUGUGGUUACUAUUGUAAAUGAGCUCUUUUGUCCGUUGUUUUUCAACACCUUGUUGUUAGUGUAUAGAUAUCCCACUACUCUUUAAUGAAAAUUAAAUUGAUUGGUUUUCUACCUUGACAUUAAAGUUAUGUAAACUUAAACAUGAGAAUACAUAAUGUAGAAAAUCAAAGUCCUAUAGAAUUAAAAAUCCCUCUGCCAUAAGAUAAUCAAUAAUUAUGCAUAGUUCUCAGUUUUUUCCCAAAAUAUGUUUUAUCAUUUUAUAAGUGUGAUACAACCCUUCUGCCAUCUGUCUUUUCCCUUGGCAGUAGAUCUCGGGCCUCUUUCUAUGUCAGUAAACAUCAGUCUACCUCAUUCUUACCUCUGCAUUAAGAAAGUAAUGUGUGGCUGGUUUAUUUAACUUGGCAAUUGGUUAUUUUGACACUAGCCAGUUACUAAAUUCUUUCCAUUUUGAUAGUUUUGUUAAUUCCUCUGGCCUUUUUCAAGUAGGUAAUAGUUCUAGAUACGGGUGAAAAUUUUAUCUUCGUAUUUUUUUUUUGGUACCAGGGAUCGAACUCAGGACCUUGCGCUUUCAAGGCAGGCGGCGGAACCACUGAGCUAAAUCCUUGGCUCUUACUUUGUAUUUUUAAUAAUCUUAUUUUACUUUCUUGUCUCAUCACACUGACCAGCACUUUUAGGACAAUCCUACAUAAUGAAUAUAUAACUGUGCUGGUAUUGUACAUUUCUUUAUAGAUUUCUUCCCUUAGCAAGUGUUUCUCCAAAAAUAUAACUUUGACUUUUAAUGUAAAAUAUUCUUGAUAUUUGAAUUUAUAUAUUAAAUUAUACCCUUCUAUUUCUAGUCUAAAAAUUUUAUCAGUAAUAGAUGUUGGGAUUUUAGUAAAUGACCUUUUUCUGAUCUGUCAGAUGAUCAAAUAGUUCUUCUCUAUUACGACUCAAGAUGAAUCAUUUUAAUAUAUUUGCUAACGUUAAGCCCUGUUUGCAUUCCUAUAAAAAUCUGAUAUAGUCAGACUCUGUUGUUCUUUUAAUAUACACCCCCUUUCAAUGUUAACAGUGGUUAUUAUGGCUUAUAGGUGAUUUUUAUUUUGUGUUUCUUACCUGUGUUUUCUGAUUUUUCUAUGAAAAUUAGGUAUUGCUUAUAUAAUAAAAAUGAGCUUUACAAUGAGAAAACAUUCUUUUGGCUUUGGUUUACUCACUUUAUUUUGGAAAUUUCCUAUCUUAAUAAGAUGAAUAGUUGUGAUUUUUUUCUUUGACAAAUAUUUUUGUUAACUUCUUUUAAAAAAAGGCAUUUGGGAAGCUCUUUUUCUAUGCCCUGAAAUAGUUUAAAUAAUAUUUAAAAGUUUUUGCUCUUUAAAGUUUUUAUAACAUGCAUAGAACUGUCUUAAGUGUAGUGCCUUGUUAGAAAAUAAUUCCUUGAUAGUUUCUUUAAAUUUUUUCUGUGCUCAUUGGUCAGACUUUCUUCCUGUUCUAUAAUUUUGACAGUUUAAUUUCCUAAAGAAUGUUUCCAUUAAGAUUUUCAAAUGUGUUGGCAUUGUUAUUUUUUUCUUACUGAUAAAGUUGUACAUCUAUGCUUUCUCUUUUGUUCUAUUUAGUUUUUCCAGAAAUUUUAUUAGUUUUUACAAAGAAUCAACUCUGGGACUUAUACCUUAAUAUUGUUUUACCAUUUUAUGAUUUUUUAAAUUUGUCUUUGCUCUUUUCAGUUUUUUCCUUUAUUUUUCCACCUUCUCAAGUUGAAUGCCAUUUUAACUUUUUCUUGCUUACUAAGACAAUUACUAGCACUCUAAGGCUGAAUAGUCCAUAUCACUAAAUUUUUGUGCAUGGUAUAAUUUAUAAUUUCAGAAUUGACUUUAUUUUUUACAAGUUAUUUGAAAUUAUACUUUCAGAUUUCAAAAUAGCUUGAUAUUUGUUGUUGUUGUUAACACAUGGUACAAACUUCUAGUUUUACUGCCUUGUCAAAGAGGGUAUGGCCGGUACAAUUUGUGCACUUUGGACUUUAUUGAUAUUUUCUUAAAACCUAAUAAAUUUUUAGUUUUAAUAAAUAUCUCCAGGAAAAUGGAGAAUGUAUAUUCUCUGAAGGGAACAAAAUUCAAUCUUUAUGUAUUGCUUUGACCUCAUUAAGUACAAAGCUAUGAACUUUUAAUUUUUACUUACUUGAUUCAUUAGCGACUAAGAAAGGUAUGUAUUUCUGUAUUUCUGCCUGUUUCUCUUGUGUAUCUACAAUUUUUUCUUUAUAUGUCUCUGUUUGAUGUUAUUUGGAAAAUGAUCUUUUUACAUUUAAGGGAAAAUUUAUUUUCCUUUAAAGACUUGUAUACCCUUUAUCUGAUUUUGUUGUAAUAGAGCUGUCUAUAUAGAAAUACAUAGUUCAGUAAAA